CACCAUGACUAUCGGGAUUUUUGGCACGUGGGACCAUCAGUUCAAUGCCACUGAGCAAGCACUCACAGACAAGAUGAAGAACAACCCUUGCUAUCCAUUCACUAUAGUGAAGGACAGUAAGAGAUCUAUCGUUAACUUCUCUCAUUUAUAGUUAACUGUUCUUUUAUAGCCAUCUCAAAUGAUUUGGUUUCAGUUGUUUUGUUUUCAAAUGGUCCUUUAGUUGGUUUGCCGGUUGAUGGUGAUAUGAUUUGUUGCAGUGUUUGUUCUUGAAUACCUGCAUGAAAACAUCUGGAAAGGUUCACUGCUACUGAUCGCCUCCACCAUUGGAACAGCCUGCUACAUGAACAUGGAGUUUGGGGUGUGUGAGUGCUCCCAUGAGGAAUAGACACACAACCUGAAAUUUCCUGACAUCCUGCUAAUUCUCUCUUUUAUAUACCAAUUGAAAAGGGAAAAUUGUAAACACAUCUCACAUGUUUAGUUUUCCUUUUGUGAGCAGGUAUAAACCUCAUACCAUUAACUGUAGUCCUAGCCCUUUCUUCAGUCGUUCUCCCUUCGACUGACCUUACCAUAACCUUUAAGCUUUACCUCUUCCUGGUUCAGGACCAUCACAAGUAUACUGGGUUCCUGGUGUUCAGCCUGUGUCUCUCUCUGUGGCUGGUCUGUUCCGGGGCCUUCCGCCGGCGCCUGGUGAUCGAUCACAAGAAGAAGGAGUACCGCUACUACAUUCACACACACCUACGUCACAGGGGCCCCUUGCACCAGAUCUACAUACGCAUGAUAGCACAGAAGAGUGGUGAGGUCCUAGUACUGUUACUCCUUUUCUGUCGGUGGGGAAUUGUGAUCCUUCAUUCAUAUCAGUCAUGGGCUAUUGGUGCUGAGAUAAGGGAUGGAUGAAUAGAUGUCCAGCAAACAGACUGGUUUAAGUCUCAAGGCACUGCAGGCUAAUGUUCAUGACCUAAUUUCAGGACAGGGACUGCUGAUGUACAAGCUGAUGCUAAAUGGAUACAAGAUUGAAGAGAGGGAGCUCAGUGGCUUCUCAGAGAAAUAUGAGGUAUCAUUGCUGAGUAAAAUGACUAUUGCCAUUAGAUGAGGGUUCUGGGCCCGUAUCCACAAAGCGUAGGAGUGCUGAUCUAGGAUCAGGUCCCAAUCUGUCCAUAUAAUCUUAUUCAUUAUGAUUUAUAGGGCUAAACUGAUCCUAGAUCAACAUUUUACAUUUUAGUCAUUUAGCAGACGCUCUUAUCCAGAGCGACUUACAGUUAGUGAAUACCUUUCCCCGUGGGAAUCGAACCCACAACCCUGGCGUUGCAACGCCAUGCUCUAUCAACUGAGCUACAUCCCUGCCGGCCAUUCCCUCCCCUACCCUGGGCCAAUUGUGCGCCGCCCAUGAGUCUCCCGGUCGCGGCCGGCUGCGACAGAGCCUCGAUUUGAACCAGGAUCUCUAGUGGCACAGUUAGCACUGCGAUGCAGUGCCUUAGACCACUGCGCCACUCAGGAGGCAACCCUCCUACUCUGAGACGCUUUGUGGAUAUGGGCCCUGGCCUGCUUCUCAUCAAGCAAUCAUAUAUUUUAAUAAACAUCUGACCAUAAUGUAGUACGUGGUCGAUAACACUGCCCAUUCCUUCCCUGACUCAUCCACUUAUAUUACAGCAAAAAUUUAUUUUUAUUUCACAGCUGUUGGAGUGCCAGGGCAGGAGGAUAGCGACGAAACUCAACCUCAAUUACUUUGACUACCAAGACACUUCGAAACGCCACCUUGUCUUCCACAGGCCCAAAAUCAUCCUGUCUGCCAACAAUGAUUGCAACAAUCCACCUGUU